UACUGUUUGAACGAGGAGCGGGUAACACGGGUAAAAUUGAGCUAAUGAUGAGAGCUGUCGGAAUGUAAGCAAAUGGUCAUAAAUAAGUAUUUCAUAAGUAUUCAUCGAAAUGACCACCGCGAAGCCAAUUUUUAUGCGGACUUACGGGAAGACAACGCGAAAACUGACGCCUUGGAUUUCACCGAAGAAUCACAAGCAGGCCUUUGAUAGCUCCUUGUCUUCAGACGAUUCCUUGGUUGAACUUGAUAAAUUCACAAAAACCAGAAAAAGAAAAGUCUCAGUCGCAGCAGCACUCACAAGAGGGAAGAAGAGAUUGAUUAUCAGCGAGAGCGAGGAUGAUCUGUCAUUUUCUGUGCAUUGUCAGAAAGUGCAACUUGAAAGCCAUCCAACUUCCAAAGCAAAGAAAGGUGCUUCCAAGGCAAAGAAGGUCCGCCCAAUGAGGGGGAAAUUGAAAGAGGACAGCACUGAUGAAGAUAUUUUCAGCGUGCCCUUCCCCUCCUGCCCUCAACCUGUUCGACGGAAUAGAGCAACCAGGAAACUAGCACCAGCCAAAGCAGCGGUCACAUUUAGACGGGAGGAGCAGCGUCCGAUUAGUACCGAGAGCAAUGAAGAUCUGUCUCCUCCAGCAAAAAGAAACAAAAAUCCACUUCAAAUCAACACUACUUCCAAUCUUCCACAUGUUUCGCCAGGCUGUUUUGUGACUCGACGUCGCCCCAUCACCACUAAAGUCCAAGCCUCAAAGGUCAAGGUCUUCAACUCUUUGGAAGAUUUCACCUCUGGAGAGGAAAGUCAAGUUUGCCUUCCUAGCAAGAAGAAAAGAGUCCCUCUGGCAAUUCUAGAGUCAAGUUUGGAGAAUUCCACCAGCAACUUGGAUGCUGACGCCUUGCAAAACAUUCUCCCUAAUGAUUCAGCAGGAGAUCACAGCCUUGGGACCCGCCCCAGGAAGCCCAUAUUUUGCUCCACGCCCUCAGUCAGACUGUCCAGCAAACGGCCCCGUAUUGCUCCGGUGACAAAUGAGUCCCCGAACCCCACGUCCUUGUCCGUCAGCCGCAUAAGUGCAAACGCAUGCCAAGAAGACCAGGACUCUCCAAGUCAGCCAUGUUGUUCACCACCCAUAGUACUCCACUCCAACAAUAAGCAGCAGUCAAGGCUCAGUGAACCGAAUGAACAAGCAUGCCCGCCUUUCCAUGAAGGACAUUCAGAGGAGCUUUUUACACACCCAUUGAGUAUGAACACAACAAAUCGAGACGGCAAGAGGAAAACCGAUGGGGCAAGCCUCCAUUUGCUGACUGCAGACAAUUGUUCGGUGUCCAUGGUGGAAGACUUGCUCUCAUUGACUGAAGUUUUGAAGGAGGAGUGUUUGGCCCAGCCCUGCACUGUGAGAAUGACGAGACUAGACAGCUCAACUGUGAGGCUAUUUUGCAACCAGACCACCGACUCCUCCUGCCUUGCUGAUCUUAGCUCGGCUCACAGAAGUCCAACUCCUGAGCGGCAUCCCAUUUGCGUGGAUAUGUUAUCAUCAGAACAGUCAUACCGGUCUAGUUUAGCUGCUACUGAAGAUCAAACUUGUGAGCUGUCAACCACUGGGACUGAGCCAGAGUCCCAAACUUCAGAUAUUUCCGUCAGCCUUGCACUGUCACAGUUGCUUUCUGCAGAAAGUGAUUUUAAGGAGGGGUCAACAUCAGCGCACACCGAGUCCAGUAACUUUGAAUCUUUUACUUGUGCACAAUUAACAGCCAGCUCUUCCGGGAAAAUGUCACCAAGGGAACAGAAUGACACUUUUCAAGGAAAAAAUUGCAAAGUUGUGCUUCAAAGGUUUGGGUUGGAGGAAAUUCAAAGAACAAUCGCUCAAAGAUUGUCUGUUGAACGACAACACAACACUUCCAAGGGAGAAAGCCUAACUGACCAAUUUACAGUCAGAUUACAGAGACUGACUUUAACACAACUGAAGGAGCUGCAGCAAAAAGGCACCAAAUGUCAAUCAUCCACAAGUGGUUCGGAUUCGACCUCCUCUGGUUCAGACAAGGUUUUGGGCUCGGACAGAGAAGCCAUUGAAAAACCCUCCAAAGUUGACCAACGUGCUUCCCGUCCGGUUGGUAAAAAGAAGAAGAAGAAGAAAAAGAGCCCUUCAACGGGCCGGCCGGGCACAACUCGAAAGGCAUGCGUCAGUGGUCUGAGCGUGAGUCGCUGGAAGAACGACAGCAGAUUGCAAGCGCCGCGCACGUUCAAGAGGAAGAGUGCAAGGAGGGCUGCCGACUGCACCAUCAGCGAUCUCAUCUCAUCUGAACCCGCUGACAUCCAGGGGCUUUUAUUGAAUUUCUCCACCCCAGUGAGGAUGUGCCCCCUCAACAUGUCAUCACUGCUGGACGAUGACACGCCGCGCACGCAGCACUGGAAUCGAUUCAAAUCGUCUCUCUCCAUUCACCGCAAAGUGCUGCUAACGCCACAGAGUUGUAAAAGGCCAGUGCCAAGAGACAUCAGUCUGCUAGAUUUGUCAGAUGCGAAGAAGGUGUACGCUGAGUGCGGACAGCCGGGUUCGCUGCCCUGGAAGGAAUGCUUUUCCGCUCUUCAGAUGAAACAAUGCGUCAAGAUUGGGGAGGGUACAUUUGGUGAGGUCUUCUCCACCAGCAACUCGUCAGGAGAAACGAUUGCUCUUAAAGUCAUUCCAUUGGAGGGCAGUGAGAAGGUGAAUGGGGAAGACCAGAAGACUUUUGGGGAGAUCCUUCAUGAGAUUAUUAUCUCCAAGGAGCUGAGCAGCCUGAAAGACAAGCAUGAUAAUCAGACCAGCUGCUUCAUUGGACUUAAUAAUCUCCACUGUGUCCGAGGCUGCUACCCGCCCGAAUUCCUGAAGGCCUGGGACAACUUUGAUCGGAAAAAGGGCUCUGAGAAUGACAGACCAGAUUUAUUCCAAAAUGACCAGUUGUUCAUCAUCCUGGAGUUUGAGUUUGGUGGUGUCGACCUCGAGAACAGCAAUGGAACGUUAUCAUCGUUGGUGGUGGCAAAAAGUAUUCUCCAUCAAGUGACCGCUGCUCUGGCUGUGGCUGAGCAGCAGCUGCACUUUGAACACAGGGACCUUCACUGGGGCAACGUGCUGGUCAAAACGACAAAGGAGAAGACAGGAAGCUUCCUUUUCAAUGGAGCACCACACUCUUUGGAAACAAAAGGCGUGUUUGUACGCAUUAUUGACUACUCUCUUUCCAGACUGGAAAUCGAUGGUCUGACAGUGUCCUGUGACAUCUCAAAUGAUGAGGAGCUCUUCAUGGGUCAGGGAGAUUACCAGUUUGACAUCUAUAGACACAUGAGAGAAGAGAAUGGUAACGACUGGAACAGCUACCACCCUCAUUCCAACGUGUUGUGGCUCCACUACUUGUGCUCCAAGUUGCUCUCCAUGAGGUACCGUGGAACAGGCGGGAAGAGCAGCAAAGACGCCCUGAAGGAGCUCACGCAUUUUAAGGACACUGUCCUGCAGUUCACUUCUGCAACUGAAGCACUCCAAACAUGCCCCAUGUUUAAGUAAGAGGUCAAUGUGUAAAGACAGAACUGCAAACAUUUUGGAACUUUUGAACAGACAGACACAUCAUUGGCCUUUAGCGGAUAAGAAAACAUCAAGAAGAAUCAAGUACAAAAACAAAAUAUUUAUUCAAUUUGUUCAUUAAGACUAUUGUACAUUUUUGCAUCAAAACAACCUUCAUUUUCGGAUGGUAAGUGAAAAGUGUGCGUGUCCAUAUUAAUGAGGAUCUCGAUUGAAUACAUCAAAUGCCUCCAUAGUUGAAGAGACACUUGGUUCGACGACAUCCCGAGAUUUGCCUUCAAUAACCAUGUGAUCAUAUGGAAGCAAAUGUUGCGUUGAAAAAGGAAGACUGUUUAGAAAAAAAAACACACAUGGGGACAUUUCCGACAACACAAACAAGAUCCAAGAGGCCGAGAAGAGGUCAGGCAUGUGUUUUGAGAAGCACUUUUUGGUUGAGCUUUGAGGCAAUGUUGGAGAUGGCCUUGCUGGUGAUGAGCCCACGAGUCUGUUGGAUGAGCACUCCACCAAUUUGAUACCGCUUGGCGAAAAAGGAUUCAUAUCAAUGCAACAGAACCAGAUAAACAUAUUUUCGGCAAAAUCCAUGCAACCUUAUUUCACAGUACUACGUGACCAACUGGAGUGUCUGUGUGGAGUUGUGUGCAGCGAUCCGUCCGACGGCAUCGUCGUUCCAUCACAUCCACACCACUUGCGGUUUCAUUUUCCUCGUAUUUGACCACAUGAAAAAUGGGCGGAGCUCCCAGUCGAGUGUGUGUACGUGCACGCACGUGUGUAGCAAAAGCGAUGAACUGUUGACUGUUAUGUUUGUGCUCAGAAAGAGAAGUAUUUGGUGAACCACUCUUGUUUCAGCCCCUCAGUGCCUCUCGGCUCCAUAUAAGGCCCCCUAAAACAUGAAGAAAAAAAAGGGGUUAAUUUUAAUCUGUGUAUCAUUUGUUCUUUCCAACCAAUAAAGACAAAUGGCACAUAUUUCACAAUUCAUUGUAGGACCAAAUUGCAAAAUAUCUUUUAGGCAGUGGAUCAUGACGAAAAUUAAUUUCUACAUCUCUGUAUUCGGCAUCCUGUCUGUAAUCAUUCAAUAAAAACAAGCAUACAUUUAA